AUGGCAGUGGAAACAGACCACGAACUGCAAGAAAAUGUGCUGCGAGAGGAGCAUCGCAAUGAGCAAGCGAUCGCCAAACCUCUGCCAAUGAAAAGAGGGUUUCAGUUCUGGGCCAUUAUCUUUGCCCUCUGCGUGACCGGUCUCCUGUCUGCACUUGAGAAUACGGUGGUUUCGACGUCAAUGCCAGUAAUCGUGCGGGAGCUUAACAUCGGCGACAAUUAUGUCUGGAUCACGAACGCCUUCUUCUUCACUAGUGCAGCGGUUCAGCCGCUAUUUGGCCAGCUAGCCAACGCCUUCGGCCGUCGAUGGUUGACGAUAUUCAUCGUCGCUGUCUUCACCCUGGGAAGCGGCAUCUGUGGUGGGGCGAAUAGCGCAAACAUGCUCAUCAUCGGACGCGCCAUCCAAGGGAUUGGAAGCGGUGGCAUCAAUAUGAUCGUCGAUGUUAUCGUAUCAGAUCUCGUCCCACUACGUGAGCGCGGAAACUUCAUCGCCAUCGUGCUCACCGUGUACUCCGUUGGCAGCUCGAUGGGCCCGUUUGUGGGUGGAAUCAUUGUCCAACGAACUACUUGGAGAUGGGUUUUCUAUAUCAACCUACCUGUUGGCGGGUUUGCGCUGGUGCUUCUUUUCCUAUUUCUUCACACUAACUAUCAGCGCGAGACCACCUUUUCCGAAAGAAUCAAGCGUAUCGACUAUAUCGGCAAUUUCCUCAUCAUGGGAUCUACGGCAGCAGUUCUCUGUGCAUUGACAUACGGAGGCUCACGCUACGCGUGGGGAUCAUGGGAGAUAAUUGUGCCAUUAGUCCUAGGACUAGCUGGUCUGGUUAUAUUCAUGGUCUUCGAACAAUCUAAGUUCUGCCACGAGCCCGUCGUUCCACUGCGUCUGUUUAGAAAUCGAACCUCCCUCGUGGUCUUCACCAACACAUACCUGUUCUCACUUCUUCUAUACUGGGUGUUGUUCUUUAUUCCGGUUUACUUCCAGGUUAUUCUGGGGUCUUCGGCAGCCCGAGCAGGCGUUCAAAUGCUGCCAAUGACCCUCGUUGCAAUUCCCGGCGCCGUGAUUGCAGUGAUAAUUCUCUCGAAGUUUGGAAAAUACAAAGCCCUUCACUUGGUGGGCUUUGUUAUCCUCACAUUGGGUAUUGGUCUGUUUGCUCACCUCGACCGCUACUCGUCCGAUGCGGAGUGGAUCGUUUUUCAGGUCAUUGCUGCGCUCGGUUCGGGAAUGAUCCUGAACACUUUGCUCCCUGCGUUCCAGGCUCCACUCGCUGAGUCGGACCAGGCAGCAGCCACAGCAACCUGGGCGUUUAUGCGGAGCUUUGGAAAUGUAUGGGGCGUGGCUAUUCCGGCUAGCAUCUUCAACAAUCAGUUUAAUCAAUACGCCUAUCGUAUUUCUGAUGCGGGUGUGCGACAAAUGCUCUCUGAUGGUCACGCCUACGAGCACGCGUCCAAUGUUUUCAUUGACAGCCUAAGGGAACCGGUGAGGAGCGAAGUUAUUGGGGUAUUCUCUGACUCCCUUAAGCUUGUCUGGGAGGUAUCGAUUGCUUUCUGCGGUCUUGCUUGUGUAUUGGUGCUUAUGGAGAAAGAUGUGCCUUUGCGACAGGAGCUUGAGACUGAUUAUGGCAUGACUGAAAAGGAUGGUAUACAGGCAGAAAAAGGGGUUAUUCCUGAUACUGAAAAGUAG